CAUAGAGGUUCUGGAGAAUCUGGGGAACAGUCACCUGACACAGGAUAAUAACGAGAUCUCCACAGGCUUCCUGAACCUGGCUGUGUUCACACGAGAGAUCACUGCACUCUUCAAGAACCUGAAGCGAGAUCGGAUCGUGAGGUGCCUAAAGAUUCCCGCCCUUCAACGUCACCCAUCCUGUUCUCUAAAUAUCAACAUUGGUCAUUGAAAAACCCAUAUCGGUUGACCACAAAUUGAGUUAUUUAAGAAACAUCUUCCAGGUGCAGCAUAAAGUUCAGUGAAGCGUAGAUGUUAAUUACCUGUAUAAUUCAAGGCCAACAUGUAGAUUUUCCACCUUAUUUGAGAGGAAAAUAUUCAAGAACAGUCUGACUUGCCAGUAUUAUUAUUCAAAAAGCACCUUUGAGUGUGUGUCUGUGCGGCUCGAUAUAUUUCUGGAUAAGAAAGAGCAGACUUCCAGCUGUACAAAGUACACAGGGGACUGGGAGAGGUGUGUGUGUGUGUGUGUGUCAGCAGGGGUUUAACAGCUGCAGGCAAGGGCCCCUCAAACCACAGAGCCCGGAACCCUCCCACUGAUAGUUUCCAUGGUAAUGGUAAUUUAUACCAGACCUGAGAGCAUGAGUGGACAGCGUCUGACCACUGAGCUGUCAAUCAAAUAAUCACCAGAGACAGGAACCUCAGCUUAAAAAAUACAACAGAAACUCUGCUAAGAAAAUAAACUUCAUUUGAUUUAGUGGCCUUGUGUGGGGGGCUAUAACUUUCCCUCAGUCAAGCCCAUUUUUCAUAUUCAUGAAGAUUUAUAUGUAUAACAUCCAUUUUGCAAGGUUAUAAAUCCAUAUUCUGCACCAUUAUGAGAUAACUGCCAUGGUUACUUUUAAUUUACAUUCAUAUUUGUAGCAUAAUAUGUCUUUAAUCUUUAAUGUUGAGUGUUAAAGUGUUUACUUGGGUUUGAGUGUCUUUUAUUGGUGGUCAACCAAGGUGUGCUUGACAGCACAGUGGCCGAUAUAAUGCACAAUCCUGUCACUGACCUUUCUGUCCUGUCGCUAUCAGAUCUCUUUGUUUGCUUUGGAAAUCUACGACUGUCCCAUUGAUCUUUGAAAGUACAUCUACAAAACAUUUCAUAUGUCCAAAAAGGCUGUCCUUGGUUUGAAAUGAAUAGGUCUGAUUCUUCUCUCGUCCUGGAGUGGGUUUUUCCUCACACAUUCUUUCCUAAGGAUGAUUUAUACUUGCUCAGCACUUUAAUGUGCUUGGCAAAGGAGAAAUCCCAAACAGAGUUUUAACUUUUGCAUUUUUGGUACCUCCAGACUGGACUUUAUAGGGAGGGUUAUGUCUUGCCAGGUGCAAAACCUGAACAACAUUAUUUCUUUCCCUCUGGAGAACGUGUUGAAGACAGAGCUGAGAGACAGCAGGCUGGAGCUGAAAAAACAGAUGGAGAAAAGCUGGAAGGAUUAUGAUGCUAAAAUAGGGAAGCUGGAGAGAGAAAAGAGGGAGAAACAGAAACAGCAUGGGCUGAUCCGAUUGGAAUCGUCAGACACCGUGGAGGACAUGGAAAGAGAAAGAAGGAACUUCCAACUGCAAAUGUGUGAGUAUUUACUGAAGAUUCAGGAGCUGAAAGUUCGUCAGGGUCCAGAUCUGCUGCAGAGCCUGAUCAAGUACUUUCAAGCCCAACUUAAUUUUUUCCAGGACGGACUGAAGGCUGCAGAGAAUCUUAGUCCAUUUGUGGAGAAGUUAGCAGCCUCUGUACAUACGGUUCGUCAUGAGCAGGACGAAGAAGUAAAGCAGCUCUCUCAAUUACGUGACUCACUUAGAACACAACUACAGGUGGAUGGCAAAGAGGAUUCUCUAAAUAGGAAGAACUCUGGCCAUGGAUAUAGCAUCCACCAGCCUCAAGGCAAUAAGAAAUAUGGCACAGAGAAAUCUGGAUUCCUUCUUAAGAAGAGCGAUGGGAUCAGAAAGGUUUGGCAGAAGAGGAAGUGUGGAGUUAAAUAUGGCUGCCUGACCAUUUCUCACAGCACGAUCAAUAGACCACCCGCAAAGCUUAACCUUCUGACAUGUCAGGUGCGGCCCAACCCUGAGGAAAGAAGAACAUUUGAUUUAGUUACACACAACCGCACAUACCAUUUCCAGGCUGAGGACGAGCAAGAAUGCAUGAUAUGGGUGUCCGUGCUGCAGAACAGUAAGGAGGAGGCCUUGAACACGGCUCUAGGUGGAGAUCAGCUACAGUUUCAGGACAGCGGUCUGCAGGAGCUCGUCCGAGCUGUCAUCUCAGGCCUGAGAAACCUGCCCGGCAAUGAGGCCUGCUGCGACUGCGGAGCUCCAGAUCCCACCUGGCUUUCCACUAACCUGGGCAUCCUCACCUGUAUCGAGUGUUCAGGAAUCCAUCGUGAGCUCGGAGUACAUCACUCACGAAUUCAGUCUCUCACUCUCGACGUGCUGAGCACCUCUGAGCUCCUGUUGGCAGUGAGCAUUGGAAAUGCCAAGUUUAAUGACAUCAUGGAAGUCAAUCUACCCAAUGAUGCAAUCAAGCCCCUCCCAAAAAGUGACAUGACAGCGAGGAAGGAGUACAUUGUAGCGAAGUAUGCAGAGCGCCGCUACGUCCUCCCAAAAGAACACUCUGAAGUGUACCACGUGUAUGACACUGUGAGGAGCAAGGACCUCACCUCAUUGCUGCAGCUCUAUGCAGAGGGAGAGGACCUGUCUAAACCAUUGGCCACACCUGACGGACCGGACUUGAAAGAGACCGGUCUUCACUUAGCUGUGCGCAUAUCCGAGAAGACUUCUCUGGCUCUGGUGGAUUUUCUAGCUCAGAACUGUGGCUGCCUGGAAAAGAAGACUGCAGAAGGAAACACAGCUCUUCAUUACUGUACAUUAUACAACAAAUCUGAGUGUUUGAAACUUCUUCUCAAAGCAAAGGCUACUUUACACACAGUGAACUCAGCGGGUGAGACGGCUCUUGACAUUGCCAAGAGACUGCAGCACAUGCAGUGUAUCGAACUGCUGGAAUUGGCCCACAAUGGGAAGUUUAACUCUCAGAUCCAUGUUGAAUACCCAUGGGAGAUGCCACAGGACAUGUAUGACAGUGAAGAUGAUCUGGACGAAAGGGUGAGUCCCCAUCCUAAGGGCUCACGGUCUCCACUGCCCCCUUCUGGCAGAAAUGGACACUGCUCAUCUGCAUGGAAUUUAAAUAAAAGCAGUCCAGCCAGGACCUAUGAGAACAUUGACUUCCUAUAUGAAAAUCCACCCAACAACAGCGCCCCCACUGGUAGCUCUAUGCCACCUCCUCUGCCAGCUAAAGCAAUACAGAGAGGUCGUUCAGAUCCUCAGAUUUCGGGUUCCAUUCCAGAGACUCACACCCCCUACCGCCAGAGUUCCCACCCCACUGGCUGCUUUCAGAGAAUCAGCACCACGUCCCAUGUGACCGAGUCCUCUGGACAGACAUCUGCACGCUCUCACAGCAUGGGACCAUCAAAAGGACAGAGACAGACGGUGUUCUGGGAGGGACCUUUCUCGGGGGCGGAGGGCAAAAAUCACUCCACCUCACCACAGAGUCAGAGAGGACCUGUCAGUUCAGAAAAGACGACUUCAUAUCGCCGUACGAGCAGCGGGAGUCAGGGGAAGAGUUCGACCCCGUCUCCAGGGGGUGCAGGCAGUCAGGAGGAACUCUACUGCAGUCCAGUGGGCGGGGCUCCCAACUCUACAUCUCCGCCAGCUAAUGCUAACAACAGUGCCACGGUGCCAAUCAUACUGCCGCCACCUCGCUCGCGCAAAAAUGCCAUGAUCUCAUUAAGGGAGAGACCCAAGAAGGUCCGAGCAUUAGUUGACUGCAGACAGGUUGGUGCCAAUCAGCUGGCUUUCUUUAAGAAUGAAGUCAUCAUAGUGACAGCAACUGAUGACCCACACUGGUGGGUGGGCCAUAUAGAGGGAGAACCUUCAAGAAGUGGCUCCUUUCCAGUCAACUAUGUACAUAAAUUAGGAGAAUGAGAUGAACCUCCAUGAACGCUCACAUUACAGCAUGUGGAACUAGUCUAGACUGUUGCUUUUAUCUUCAGAGGCGCUAGACCUAGAAACUGUGGAGGCCUGAAAUGCACUUAGAAGAUGAAAGACUGGAGAACAGACUUACACAGCAUUAGUGUGGAUGCUGUAAGAUGAUCCACUGAUCCAUUUCAGUGCUGCUCAUAACGUAUCUGAGCUGUUUAUCUGGAUUGAAGGUUUGGCAGGUACGUCAUGACUUCUUUGGGACAGGCAAAAAAGGGAUGAAAGCCAUCCAGCUUUUGAAACUCUUCCUGGCUUAGUUGUUUAAACUAACAAUAGCACUUGUUCUUAUUGAUAUUGAGGCAUUGAAUAUUUACUUGGCGUUUGAGGUCUCUAAGAGAUUGUCGCCCAGACUUGGAGGCACUGGACUCUCACUCCUGUGGUUGGGGCUCUCUAGAUAUUAUUUUAUAACGUCAGGCGUCAUGACAUGCCAUUAGUUCUGGCCAGACACCAGGUCCACCAGACAGCGAGUUAACGGAUGAUGUAUUUGGUUUCAUCUGUCUCCUCUGCACCGACGUCUCCUAUUGCUGCUGAUUCCCGGACAUCCAGCCCUGCACUGGGAGAUAAAGCAACUAGUAAGAUCAAUGAAACGCAAACCUUGAGAAUCCUCAUAUAGAAGAUCAAGAUGUUAUCUGAGUGUUAAACGACAAGAAAUGUUCAAUACGUUUUGACUGCAGAAAGUUCAGUAUUGCAAGCCAUAGAUUGAGAGAGAAACAUAAACUUACCCUCACAAUACAGACACUAUUAGGCCUUAUGGAGCACAAAAACACACUGUAACAGCUCAAGUACAUGAUUCACUUGUUUUGGUAGCGUAAUGCUCCAUUGUCUUUGCUUCUGAAGUUGCACACAGACAAACCUUGUUGUUUUUCAAUCCCAGCAAGCAUAAAUUCUGCAUUGUGUUUAUUUUAUAGUACAUCAACUCUUUUCGAGUGUCCAUAUUUUGUGCUAAUGUUUAAAAGUCAGGCUCCGUUAGCUUUGUCUAUACAAAAAAAAAUUGCUGUAUUUGUCACCCACAUGUAAUGUCAUUAUAAUGUCUGUAUUGUUUUCAGUCAGCAUUAUUAUUAUUAUUGUUGUUGUUUUUUUAUGGGGUCUCCCUUCAGACCGAGGUGGUUUAUGGCAGAUUUGGUAUGUGUCUCAAACCAGCAGAGUCUGUAUAAAUGUUUGAUAAGCUGAGAGCACACAACAGAUGUUUUCCCUUCUGCCAUCUCAUUGACUUCUGUGAAGCAUUUUUAGGCAGAGAUGAAAGUACGUAUGUUGGAGGUCCAAAACGGUUCAGCUCACUUUGUGUUUUAGGAAAGAAAAAGGUAACGCCGUAUAAGUUAUGCUUGUUAAACUCGACCAUUUUGUAUCGCUAUAACUGUAUUUUAUUGAGAAAAGUCACGUCCAGUCUGUUCAGAACAAAUUAGGUUUUUCUCUGAGAUGUUUAGCAUCUGCUUCUGAGAAUUGAAAAUGACAAUUAAAUGUUUGCAAACUAUAA